CGUCGUCUUCGCAGACAAUGCCAAACACAAGCUCUCCAUUUCUCAACAACUUCAAAAGCCGGAAGGUCUGACCCUGAGACCACCGUAGAAAACAGUACAUUUCUAGGGUUUUACUCUGAUCCACCACAUUGUUCAAAAGUUGUUUCGUUUAGGUGAUCAAAGGAGGAGUCUUUUUCUCAUCUUGAGCUCCUGGGUCUUCUCUUUUGUUCUCGCUGGUAUAAGGAAGAGAAAAUUCAACGGCCAUGGCGGGUCGUAGAGAUAGAAGCCAACAGCUCCGUGGAUCUCGAAUUGCGAUCGCCAUCCUUAUCGGUAUCUUUAUCGGUUGCGUAUGCGCCGUCCUGUUCCCAAAUGGCUUCUUCAACUCCAACUCGUCGUUAGCAGUUAAUGAACGCCUUUCUAAAUCAAGCAACCAGGUUGGAUCAUCAGCUUGUGAAUCGCCUGAACGAGUGAAAAUGCUAAAAUCAGACUUUGUAUCUCUCUCAGAGAAGAAUGCAGAAUUAAAGAAGCAAGUCAGAGAGUUAACACAAAAGCUACAGUUAGCUGAGCAAGGAUCAGACAGUGCACGAAAACAGGUUCUAGCGUUGGGAACACAGAUCAAGGCGGGUCCUUUUGGAACUGUCAAGAGUCUGAGAACUAAUCCAACUAUCCUUCCGGAUGAAUCUAUAAACCCAAGAUUGGCAAAGAUUUUAGAGGAGAUUGCUGUUGAUAAAGAGGUGAUCGUGGCUCUUGCGAACGCAAAUGUGAAAGCAAUGUUGGAGGUUCAGAUUGCUAGCAUUAAGAGAGUGGGUAUAACCAACUACCUGGUUGUUGCAUUGGACGAUUACAUUGAGAAUUUCUGUAAAGAAAACGAUGUUGCGUAUUACAAGAGAGAUCCAGACAAGGACGUGGACACUGUUGGGAAAACCGGAGGCAACCAUGCCGUCUCUGGGUUGAAGUUCCGUGUGUUGAGAGAGUUCUUGCAACUCGGUUAUGGUGUUCUUCUCUCGGAUGUGGACAUUGUCUUCUUGCAGAACCCAUUUAGUCAUUUAUACAGAGACUCUGAUGUGGAGUCAAUGAGCGACGGCCAUGAUAAUCACACGGCUUAUGGAUUCAACGAUGUGUUUGAUGAACCAUCCAUGGGAUGGGCUCGGUAUGCUCACACGAUGAGGAUAUGGGUAUUCAAUUCUGGUUUUUUCUAUCUAAGGCCUACGAUUCCAGCAAUCGAGCUGCUUGAUCGUGUGGCAGAUAGACUCGCCAAGGCAAAAGUAUGGGACCAAGCGGUUUUUAAUGAGGAACUGUUUUAUCCUUCACAUCCUGAGUAUAUUGCUCUACACGCAUCCAAGAGAGUCAUGGAUAUGUAUGAGUUUAUGAACAGUAAGGUCCUUUUCAAGACUGUAAGAAAGAAUCAUGAACUGAAGAAGAAGGUGAAACCGGUGAUUGUUCAUGUAAAUUACCAUCCAGAUAAGCUCAAUAGAAUGCGAGCCGUGGUUGAGUUCUACGUAAAUGGUAAGGAAGACGCUCUUGAUAGCUUCCCAGAUGGUUCUGAAUGAUUCACCUGAAAAGCAGCUAGGCUAAAAGCUUCCCCAGUUUCUUGACAUUUGUGAUUCUAAUCUAUUUUACCUUAAUUGUUCCCAUGUUUACUACUUCAUGCCUUCUGCUUUCCUUUUUUUGUAUUAUGAAUUUUUGUGUAUCUUACAGUUAAAGUCUUUUUUUACCUC